AAUCUGUCAAUCUGCAUGCGUUUUCACUCGAAAACUAAAAUUUUUCGAAUUAAUUGAAUUUUCACGUCUAAAUAAAGAAAGAAACGCAUUUAAAAUGUUACGAAACAUCAUAAAAAGUGUCCAGCUCCAAAGAUUCAAUGGAAAAUUUGCGAAUCUUUCCUUAAAUUCCGUUCGAACAUUGUACUCUGCCGAAGCCCUCGGUAUCAACAGUUACGAAGCCGGAAGAUCCCGGACACAAUCGAGCUUUGUCUCUAGCGCGGAUCGUUUCAAGGAGAAAAUGUCAGAAUUUUGCUCAGAUGAUUCCAAAAAUAUGGUUUUCUCGGAUGAUUUGAAGAACAUGGUGCACUUGGCGGAGAAACAAGACAUCCCGUUGGUCGUUAAGAUGUUACAAAAGUUUGUCAGUCAAAACAGUAAUCUCCGUUUCGGAAAUUACGUCUUCGGACCCGUGAUAAUGCGAAUGUUUUACUUCUUCGAUGACCCCGACACGGCAUUGCAAGUCUUCAGAGAUCCCAAUUGCGAGGGAUUAUUCAAUCAAUGGAGCUCGUAUCAGAUUUUGUGCGACUUGUUGUACAAAAAGGGUCGGUAUCAAGAUGUUUUGGAUGUUUAUGACAUCGUGAAGAAAAAUACGGUCGACGCUAGUUUCCCAAAACACACGAUAAUUCUCGUUCUUGGGUCUUGUUACAAGCUAAAUACGCCCGAAAGUUACAAAUAUGCCUUGGAAUUGAUGCGGGACAUGAACAGCAAGGGUCAUAUUCCGAUGCGGCGCAGUGUAACGUUCGCUGCUGGAUUGGCGCUUGCCCAAAAUGAGCCCCAAGUUGCGUUGGAAAUGCUUCUCGGGACAAAACAACAGAAUUACAUCACCGUAAGGAACAUGAAAGUGGUUGCCAUGUUGGAUUUGGGACGUGUUGAAGACGUUAUCCCGAUUUUGCGGAGCAUUUUGGAGGCACCCGUGGGAGCGUCGAUGCACAAACAGACGUUCUGUAUCGACGUUUUGGACCGCGUGCGAAAGGAAAUGGAAAAAGUUAACGAUAAAGAAUUGAAACUCGAUUAUGAACGCAUCGACAGAUAUCUCAGGGAACACGAACAUGUGAGCCAAAAAUCGAUUGACGAACUUCUUUGUGCCGAAAUCGAGGUGCAACGUAACCCGCCAAACGAAUACAAUAGAAAUAAAACGUUCAUUAAUGCGAGUUUCCAACGCGAUUCGAGAGACAGGUACAACAAGAGACCGUAUCAGCAACACUCGAGACAAGCACAACGUCCCGGAUUAAAUGAAAUGUAUUGA